AUGUUUCAAGUCUACACACCAUACGAACCCGCACCUGCUCCUCCCCCGGGGCCUGCUUUGCUGGAUGAUAGCGAGUCAAGCAUGCUGGACAACUUCUUUACCUCGAUGCAUGCCAAUCAUCUCGACAGCAAUGACUUUUGGUUCGGCCUAGAAGACCAGGGGAGUGGGAACUCGGGACUGCAUUUCGACUGGCCAGAUCUUCCCCCGACUUUUGAGGGUUCGACAACCUCGCUGCCGUCGCAUCCGCCGGUUACGCAGAGAAUACAUCGCGACAACACGGUUGUCGAUAAGCCAGGGCCUCCAAGUUCGGAUGUUCUAGCUGCUGCGUCCAUGCUCUACCAGAACGGAAUGGGCGGGAAUGACUUUUCGUCGACGUUCACGAGUCAAAUAUUCACCGAAAACGGCCUGAAGGACCUAAGCUCGCACCAGGCGGAUAUAAAACACCCACGGUAUGGCCUUGGAGGGGACGUGCGACGAUCUCAUUUCGGCUCUACCCGAAGAAACCCAGCAUAUAACGAUACAGAAGUGCGUCAUAACAGGGCGGAGGGUGAUGGUGGUUCUUAUUCUGUUUCUAAGGAACACAUCUUUGGUCCUCUACGAUGGGGUUCGGAUGCCGGUUUUGCAGAACAAGGAUAUCAGGUUCCGCCAGAUCAGCCAACUAUGGAGGAAAGAACGACCGAAAUACUGCACAACCUGGAGUGCUUCGAGUCCCAGAGCAGCGCCCCAAAUACUAGACCUUCAAGCCCAACUCCCCGACGACGUUCAGACCGUACCUCUGAAGUCGGUAGCCUCCGGAGCCCGAACUCUCUUACGCAGUUUUCGCCCAUGGAUACGAACCAAAUGGACGGCGACUCUCGACCGACGAAAAGACGAAAGAAUAAAGGGAAAGUAAAGGAUGAAGAAGACGAUUGCACUCAAUUUUCCCUCGGCAGACCUUCCAGCUCUCGAAGAGAUCGACGAUGGUCGUCGAAUAGUGGCGCCCAAGCCCGCAGAUCAAAAGUACACGUGAUCAAACCGCCUCGUGAGAAUCUGACGGAGGAACAGAAAAGAGCAAAUCAUAUCCUGUCGGAGCAAAAACGGCGGAAUCUCAUAAAACAGGGAUUCGAUGAGCUAUGCUCGCUCGUUCCGGAACUCAGAGGCGGCGGUUUCAGCAAAAGUACGAUGCUCGCGCAGGCAGCUGAUUGGCUGCAAGAUUUACUUCAAGGAAACGAAAUGCUCAAACUUCAAUUAGGAGACAUCAGAGAGCGAACUGGCGGAUGA